AUGGUAUUGGAUUCCUCUUGCAUGAACAACUGCACCAUCAUCUCGCCGUCGCUCUCCAUCGUGGUAAUCUGCCGAACACCUUGUGGGCGUGGGACGAUGGUGGAACCAUCAAUACCGAUGGUAGUUCCAGCAAAACCAGGGUGGGAGAUGGCGGAGGUGUCGGUGGUGGCUUUGGCGGCGUUUUCUAGAUAUUAUGGAAAAAGGACAAAUGGUGACAGGGUAGAAAAAAGAAGGGAAGUACAGUUAGAACUAUUGUCUCCGUCUCCGGCAACCACAGGGUUUAGGUCUCUCCAAACAAUUAUCGAAUCGACCAAUACCGUGUCGCACGGCCAUCGCCAGGACCCAGAGGGUUCCAAAACCUUUGCCCCACCACCGCGAUCUUCAGUCCCUGCUGCGCAGUCAAUCUUCAAAGUCAGAGAUGCCUCGAGCUUGAAAAUCUCGCCGAGGCAUGACCUGGCAAUGAUCUUCACGUGCAACCUCUGCGGCACGAGGUCCAUGAAAAUGGCCAGCCGGGAGUCGUACGAGAACGGGGUGGUGGUCGUGCGCUGUGGUGGCUGCAAUAACCUCCACCUGAUGGCAGACAGGCUUGGUUGGUUUGGUCAGCCUGGGAGUAUCGAGGACUUCCUGGCAGAGAAAGGGGAGGAGGUUAAGAAAGGCGCAACGGAUACUCUCAACUUCACUCUGGAGGACUUGGCUGGGACACAGGUCAAGCCAAAGGAAACUUAUGGGGAAAAUUAGGUUUCUUUGUAGUAUGUUGUCUUAUGGUCCAGCUGCUAUAAAAUGGUUAGAGAAAGUUUUUGGCUCGGU